UCUUCCUUUGAAAUAUUCCGACGUCUUCUUCCCCGCCCCCAGGCCUUGAAGUCCUAGGCCCCACCCCUUUAGAAUAUUAUCCUUAGCUCCUCCCCUUUGUAAGUGCUCCGCCCCUCGUCCUUAGUCCCUCCCUCGAAGCUCCGCCCAUUACGAACACUGCUACGUAGCUCCUCCCUUUCAGCUCUCUCAUGGGCCCCGCCCAUAAGACAAUUUACUUCUAAACUCCACCCUUUUAAGACCCCACAACAUCUCUUCUCAAGGCCCUCUCCUUCCUCGGGCCUGCCUAGAAGGCCCUUCCACCGUGGAGCCGCCCCUUCCAUGACGCAAGCGCUUUUCCGCGCCCUCGGCUUCCUCACCGACUCUCCUUCCCAAGGCCCUCCGACCCCGCCCCCUUGCGAAGGCUCCCUUCUCGCCCCACCCCUUUUCGAACCCUAUCAGGUACUCAGCUCCUCCCAUUUAGAACCCAAAGCGAAGACCCUCACCUCUUUAGAACCCUGAGACCAGGCCAUGUCCCGGACCCUUCCCCACAUCCUCAGGGAUCAAUGGCGCGGAUGGAUGGGAAAGUGGGGGAUCCUUUCUGGAUCCUGAGAAAAUGGGGGCUGGGGGGCUGUUCUCUGGAGCCAGUGACGGGCUCUAGGACCCAGCGGGCACGUACGCCCGCCUCGCGCUUACCCCUCCCCCAAGUCGCCCCCUCCCCCUCACCCAUCUUCCAGGUUCCCCCUCCCUCCCCGGUCGCCCCGGCUCCCGGUGCCCGUCUCUAGCGCCGCCGGAGCCAGCGAGGGAGCCGGAGCGAACAGGAGGAGGAGGAGGAGGAGGCCAAGUCGCCGCCGCUCGGAGCCCGGCCGGAGCCUCCCAGGCAGGUACAUGGUUCCGGUCCGAGCCGUGGUGAUGGCCCGAGAUGACUCCAGUGGGGGCUGGCUGCCUGUGGGGGGCGGGGGCCUCAGCCAGGUGAGCGUUUGUCGGGUCCGAGGGGCCAGGCCCGAGGGGGGGGCCCGCCAGGGGCACUACGUCAUCCACGGGGAGCGCCUUCGGGACCAGAAAACCACCUUGGAGUGUACCCUGAGGCCAGGCUUGGUUUACAACAAAGUGAACCCCAUCUUCCAUCACUGGAGCCUGGGUGACUGCAAGUUUGGACUGACGUUCCAGAGUCCCGCAGAGGCUGAUGAGUUCCAGAAGAGCCUGCUGGCUGCACUGGCUGCUCUGGGUCGAGGCUCGCUUACCCCCUCUUCCUCCUCCUCUUCCUCCUCCCCUUCCCAGGACACCGCAGAGACUCCCUGCCCUCUGACGUCCCAUGUGGACAGCGAGUCCUCCUCCAGUCACAGCCGCCAGGAGACGCCUCCCACCGCCCCGGCGGCCACUAUCAUUACCGUGGAGUCAGCCUCUGGCUUCGGGCCGGCUUCGUCACCCCAGCGCCGCCGCUCCUCUGCUCAGAGCUACCCUCCGCUCCUACCAUUCACGGGGAUUCCGGAGGCCUCAGAGCCCCUGGCCGGGGCAGGGGGCCCGGGCUGGGGCGGCCGUGGCUAUGAGGAUUACCGGCGCGCCGGGCCGCCCGCGCCCCUCGCCCUGUCCACCUGCGUCGUGCGCUUCGCCAAGACCGGCGCGUUGAGGGGUGCAGCCCUGGGGCCCCCCGCCGCACUACCGGUCCCUCUCGCCGAGGCUGCGCCCCCAGCGCCCCCCGCUCGCCCACCCCCGGGCCCCGGCCCUGCCCCCGCGCCCGCCAAAGCCUCCCCCGAGGCGGAGGAGGCGGCGCGCUGCGUGCACUGCCGGGCUCUCUUCCGCCGCCGCGCGGACGGGCGCGGUGGUCGCUGCGCGGAAGCCCCGGACCCGGGUCGCCUGCUGGUGCGUCGGCUCAGUUGCCUGUGGUGCGCCGAGAGCUUGCUCUACCACUGCCUGUCGGACGCCGAGGGCGACUUCUCGGACCCGUGCGCCUGCGAGCCGGGCCACCCGCGCCCCGCGGCGCGCUGGGCCGCGCUGGCCGCGCUCUCCCUGGCCGUGCCCUGCCUCUGCUGCUAUGCGCCCCUGCGUGCGUGCCACUGGGUCGCGGCGCGAUGCGGCUGCGCCGGCUGCGGGGGUCGCCACGAGGAGGCGGCGCGGUGAGGACGGCCUGGUGGGUCCGGUAGCUGCACCGAGGACCCCAAAUUGAGGGUCCAGGACCCUGGACUCCGUUCGGACCCCCACACCCAAACCUAGGCACACCCGGAACUUGGAGCUUGAGUUUGGAUUGAGAGACCCCAGACCUGGAACCUGGACCCCAAAUCUAGGACUGAGAGACCCCAGACCCAGCUUCAUUGGGAUGUCUGUCCAAGAGGUCCCAGGCAUCCUGAGUUCUGGCGUCCCCAUCCUGCCACCAACCCCCUCCCAGACCUAGACUGAGGAGACUCCAGGCAUCCCCAAACUCUUCACCUCAGGCAGGCUGGGGAGCACAUGUAUCCCUGAGAGACGCAGGGUCCGAACCCUGACUCCCUGUUCAAAUAACCAACCCAGACCCCAUCAUGCCUGACACCACGAACCCUCAGAUUACAGUGAGUCAGGAGUUGCCAAUACCUGACCCUGCCUGCAUAUAAUUACUCCCAGAUUUUGAGACCAUAGAACCCAGAUUCACCCCAAAUGAUCCUUGAAUGCUCACCUAAAACUUGGGGCACGCAUAUCUGAGAUACUCUUGUAGCCCCCAGGACCCUGGAGGCACCAAACCCUCUUAAGAUGCCCUGAGUCCAUAGGUAUGCCCAAACAGAUGUUCUCUGACCAAAAUGACAUGUGAGACCCAUCUCCGAGUCUCCCCCUAUCCUCCCCACCCAAGAUCUAGAUGUCAGACUCCAGGAUGUUCUGGGAACCAAGGAUCAAAGACCUCUGUAGACCCACUCACCACAAGCCAGUGUUCCCAGAGCUUUGGAUCUCAUAUAUAGGACUCUGAGGUGCCUAGUACUCCCAGAUGUAGUACUGAAGACCACCAACACCUUAGGGCCCAAGGCACUGGUCUCAAGUCCUCAGAUAACCCUCUUUCAAAAUCCCUUAGACUUGGAUUUCAAGCCCCAGAAUGGCCUGGAAUCUUUGGCUGCUUUGUACCCACAGAUCCCCAAUCCCCUCAAGGCUGGAAGCUCAGCUCCCAGAUGUUGGGAUGUUCAUGGCAACCCAGACCUCUCACCCCUUGGCCCCCAGCUCCUGAAUGACCCCGAGGUGCUUUGGGAGCACUGGUUCCAAGACCCCAAGGUGCCAUUGGUCCCCCAAAUUCAGGGCUUAAGCCUACACAACAUUGGGAUUGUCCCUGACUCAAGACCUUGGUCCCUCCGUACCAGAGACAACUGACGUGCUCCAGGACCAAAGCACCGUCAGAUCUCAGAUUUCUUUGGACCCAGACCUCUUAAGCCUGAUAUUCCCUGAGACCUGCUGCCCUUGAAUUCUGCUGUCCAUAAGUCCCUGAAACCCCAAGGUCCCAGACCUCUGAUUUCAAGCCCCAAGGGCCCCAGCCCAAGCCCCCAGCAUCUCACAGAACUACUCCUUUACUAGGGUAAAAAACAAAACCAAAAAACCCAUCAUCUUGAGCUCAUGUUCCUGGAUUCCAGGAGCACCCCAGAGCGCCCCACACCCAUCUCUAGGACCUAGCAUUGUCAUAGAUGAUUGUGCAGGCUGUUCACUAAGCAAAGACACAAGUCGAGGUAGGGGUGUGGCUGGAAUUCACACCACACUCUGCUGGCUGCACUGUGCACAGAGUCACUUUUUAGGCUAGCUACAGGUCUACACACACACACACACACACACACACACACACACACACACACACACUCUCUCUCUCUCUCUCUCUCUCUCUCUCUCUCUCUCUCUCUCUCUGCACUCUGUCCCAAGCCCAACCUUAAGCCCCAGCCCUCGUCCAAGUUUUUUAUGUUUUGCCCUGUUAACUCCUUCCCCUUCAUCUCAGAGUUGGGGGUUGCUUUGUAAAGUUUGAAAGCCGCUUUCAUGGCCCUCUGUGAUGCCACAGUCUCUUUUCCCUGAGUGGAACGGGACUUUUGGGGUACCUCAGGUCUGAUGGCCUGAAGCAGAGGACUAAGGUCUUGGAGCAAGACAAUCUCAAUGCUAUAUGGGCUUGGGACCCGCACGUGGUCCCAAGCAUCUGGAAAUGUGCACUUACCUUUCUUCAUUACCCAGACUUGGAUGGCCUUGUAGGGGUUCAAGGGAUAGGUCAAGGGGGUCAGAGGGCUAGAUCCUUCUGUCACUUCCUUUAAAUUAUUAACUAUUUAUUACAUCCGGAACCUGUGAGAUUCCGCUCUCCCAACCAGACCCUGGGAUGGGUGAGAGAAAAGGGGGAUGUCCCUCCCAUCCCCACUCUGCCCAGCUCUCGUCACUGUCAGACCCACCAGAGCUGAGGGCGGAGGGACCGGGGGGCUGGGGCGGCCUGGGUCCCCAUCCCCCUCUCUGUGCCUCGGUCUCCUCCCUUCCGUGGUGGGCGGGGGGAAGCUCCAUUCUUAACCUACCUCGUUUUGGGGAGGGGUGGGACGGGGACCAGAGUGCUGUAAGGUGCUGUGGGAUCUGCGGAUGAAGCAGUGGGAGCUGGGGAAGGUUCCCCCAGCCCCCACCUCCCAGCACCGCCUCUCCCAGGUCUCCCAGUCCUGCUCCCUGCUGAUACCCACCUCUGAUCCAUGAUUACUCUUCAUCACCCCCAAAUCAGGGGUGCAUGGAGGGCUGACCCUGGGAGCCAGGAAGACCUCAGACCCUGGAGCCCCCAGGCCCAAUUUCCCAGCUGCUUGCCCCUCAGAUUGGAUGCUUGGCCCCCAGACUUGGGGGAGGCACCCCGACAUUUAUCUUCCUGAUCUUGAUUCCAAGCCAGUCUGUGACCUCAAUAUUGUUAUCGUCAGUGCAGGCUGCCGUGGCGGGGGAGGAUGGGGGCCAAAGACCCAGCCUUGUCAUUGGGGGAGGGGGCAUGAGAUAUUCGCUCCAAGAAA